CGCCAAUAUUAAAGUUCUUAUUAGCCUAACCUAAGUUAAACCGAAUACUCAAAAGUUAAAGUAAUUGCCUCAAAAAUAAAUAUUUCCUGAUUAUUGAUUGGUAUUCAGUUUUUAAAACCAGACGGGCAUUGAACUAAUUGCAUUUUUAUGAGACAUAGUUGUAUCCAAGUCAUCCAAACUAACCUGAACAAGUAGCUUAUUAAUAUUUGUACAAUACGACGAGAGCUGUUGUAGACUAGAAAUUGAUCUUUGGGUUUCGCAAUGGCAACACCAACGAAAAAACGCGAUUUAAAUACAAAACGUAAUGAUUACUUAGAAUGGUCAGAGUACUUUAUGGCCACAGCGUUUCUUGCAGCAAAGCGAAGCAAAGACCCCUGUUCUCAAGUUGGUGCUUGUAUAGUUAACGAAGACAACAUAAUCGUCGGCGUCGGAUACAAUGGUAUGCCAAAAGGAUGUUCCGAUGAUAUUUUUCCAUGGGCAAAAGAAUCAGAAAAUGAAUUGGACAACAAGUACCUAUAUGUCUGCCAUGCCGAGGUGAAUGCUAUCCUGAACAAGAACUCGAUGAACGUAAGGAAUUGUACGCUUUAUGUCGGACUGUUUCCUUGUAACGAGUGUGCCAAAUUCAUAAUUCAGGCAGGUAUAAAAGAAGUGAUCUACAUGUCUGAUAAACACGCACACAAAACUCACACAAUUGCUUCCAAAUUAAUGUUUGAUGCAGCAGGGGUGAAAUAUAGACAGUUUGUUCCAAAAACUACUCAUAUAAUUAUAGAUUUUAACGAAAUAAAUUGGAACCUUCAAAAUCAAAUGCCACCAACACCAACCCAUUUAUCUGACAAUUUAAAUGCACUAGACAUCAAUUCCUAGUAAAUCGCUUUGGAACUUUUAAUACUGUUUAGAACAUUGCGGAUUUUCUAUUUUUUUAGCUAAUUGUUUAUAUUAUGAUUAGUAUAGCGAUGACGGCAUUUUUUCAGUUCUAGGUUAGGCUCACACACUCAGGCUCACUUUAAAAUGUAA